AUGAAUGAUGAGCAAAUCAGAUAUCACUUUCUGCGGGAACAUAGUGUUAUAUGGAAUUGCUAUUCGAUUUAUGGAGAAUCCCUCAUUGAAGUCUCAGAGAAUUUCAGAGAGAACUCUGAAACUUCUCUGAGAAGUCUUUGCAGCAAUGAAUCCUCUCCUCAAGAGUUUGCUACAGGGCUGAUUUUGAGAAGAUAUUUUGGACAAGACUACAACCACCUUGGAGUUGUUUUAGUUCAACAUGGCAUAAGCAGAAAUAAUGGCAAUUUUGGACAGAAUUGUAUGAACUAA